AUGGUUGAUACAGGUGUGGUCAAGAGAAAGGAUACCACAAAAGGUCCUCCUUUACGUAUAUUAUCUCUAGAUGGAGGUGGUGUACGAGGAUAUUCUAUGCUCAUAAUUAUACAAGAGCUCAUGCAUAGAACAUAUGUGGAAAUUGAAGGAAAAGCGCCUCGACGAGAUCAAAUCCCAAAACCUGCCGACCAUUUCGAUUUAAUAUGUGGUACCGGAACAGGCGGUUUGAUCGCAAUUAUGCUCGGCAGAUUACGACUGGAUUUGGAGACUUGCAAAGAAGUCUAUGUACGAAUGACAAGGAAGGUUUUCGAAACGGAUAAAACUAUUGCGGGUAUACCAUAUCGGUCAACACUAUUCAAGGCUUCGAAGUUGGAGGAGGCUAUCAAGGAGUGUGUACGAGAACAUACACUAUUUGAGAAGGAGGGAAAUGAUGGAGAUAACUCUUCUUCAGCAUCCGCAUAUCCGGGAAGCCCGACCAGUCCAUUCAAUCAGACCGCGACUAAAGAACCAAGGCGGCAUUCAAGUAAUGCAAGUGUCGCAAGUUUCAGUAAUAGGAGUCCUACCAGCUAUCAACAUAGGCCAGUUAUGUCAUCGAGGUGGGGCAAUCCAAACGCUAGAUUAUACGACAAUCGACCAGAGAGGACCAAGACUGCUGUAACGGCCAUCUAUAAAGGUACCCCCAAAGGUGGUGCGCCAGCCUUACUUCGAUCCUACGAUUCUCGAAGAGAGCCUUCACCGGAAUACGAUUGCAAAAUAUGGGAAGCAGGACGAGCAACAUCAGCCACCGGACUUGCAUUCAAACCUAUUCAAAUUGGACAAUCAGUAUUUAUCGACGAAGGUGCCGGUCAAUAUAACCCUGCGCCAGUUGUCCUCGACGAAGCUACGGUCAAUGAAUGGCCCGGAAGAGAUGUUGGUGUAUUUGUGAGCAUAGGAACAGGCAAGAGACCUCCGGGAAGCGAUCAUAAUCAACAUGUGUGGUAUGAAGGUUUCAUGGGUGAAUUUGCAGAAGCACGGAAACGUCUUAUAUCCAAGAUCGAAGGAUGCGAAAUUACACAUCAAUAUAUGAAGGAGGAACAUCUCAUCAAACGAGGCGUCAACAUCGAAAAUUAUUAUCGACUGAAUGUCGAAAUCGGCGUAGGUGAAUUUGGAAUGAAUGAAUGGAAUCGCCUGGCAGAUAUCAGUACCGGAACCAGAAGGUAUCUUGGCAAAAGCGACAUUCAAAAGAUGAAUAUUGAAGCAGCUGUAAAGUUGUCAAAAGUUCAUAGGGCAAUCCAGAGAGCAAAUGGUCACAUGAGACUACCAUCCUCGACUAACAGAGGAGAAAGUUAUAAAACCUUACCUGAUGUUCCGGAAGCUAAUCCACUAGCCGUGGAACUUCCUGCAGAGGUGCCUCCCUUGACUCCUCUUUCCGGUAAUGCAUGGACACCACCUCCGCGACCAAGUUACGAAUCCGGUCAUCACGAUAGUCUCGAAAUCGCCCCACUCAGUUCCAUUAGAAAUGAUACUCUCUCACCUGAUUCCUUCUCAGACCACCAAUCCCCACAUUCUUCCCCAUCAACACGACCUUUGGACAAUGGCGAUAGAUUAACAGUCAAUUCUCCAACCCCAUCACAAUACCGUACCGCAUCUGGAUCAGACAAAAUCGCAAUCAUGAGUCUGGAUGAAUUUCCCCGUCCAGAAAUUCGAAUCUCAGAUCCUCCGCCAAGAAAUCCAAGGAGAGUUUCGGGACCACCACCAUUACCGCCAAAAACUCCUAUUAAUGGGGAGAGACCUGGUGAUGGGAUGCAAAGGAGACCGAUUGGAAAUGGGAAUGCGCCUUAUCCGUUGGAAGAUGGACCACCGCCGGUGGCUAAUAUGGCGAGGAAGCCAAAUUAUGGGAGAUGA